AUGGAGAGUGAGACCAAAGUCCAGUUCCCGUUGAAAGACGCCGAAGAGCUCGCCAACUCUGCGCUUCGUAAGCUUGGAUACGACUCGCAACAAGCGGAGCGGAUUAGCCACCAUCUGAUUGAUAGUGAACUGCGAGGGUUUGGUAUCGCAGGGUUAGCCAGAAUCCUCAGCAUAGCGGACCGCCUCGCUGGCAAAAAACCGGCCACAGCGACGAAGAUCACACGAGAGGCGCCUGCAACAGCUCAGCUUGAUGGGCAAGACACUCUCGGUUAUCUGGUGGGCUAUGAAGCUACUGAGUUGGCGAUCAAGAAGUGCAAAGAAGUCGGCGUUUCCGUUGUAGGAGCCAAUGGCACGUACUAUACCGGCAUGCUGUCGUACUAUGCAGAAAUGGCUGCACGAGAAAACCUGGUCACAGUUAUAGCAUCGCACUGUACCGCGUGGGUAGCUCCGGAAGGCACUUACAAGCCGCUCGUUGGUACCAACCCGUUCGCAAUUGGCAUUCCCACGUCAUCGGCACAUCCCCCUAUCAUAUACGACAUUGGCACCUCAAAGAUCAUCCAUGCUCAAUGUAUGCUGGCUCGGCGGCUUGGGACCGAGAUCCCUCCAGACACCGCCUACAACGCCGAAGGCGAAAUGACGACAGAUCCUCAUCAAGCACUGUCAGGGGCCUUGAAGGUAUGGGGUGGUGCAAAGGGCUCGGGCCUUGCUCUGUCCGUUCAGCUGCUGGGAAUUGUCGCGGGGGCACCAGCGUUACCACCUAACCUCGAGAACUUCGGCUUUUUCAUCAUGAUGGUCAAUCCGGCGAUGUUCCAGCCUUUGGAGGAGUUCACGUCGGAGGUGGACAAGAUCAUUGAUGCAUGGCACGCGGCGCCUUCAACGAGCGGCAGCCCUAUGCGCGUUCCUUUCGAGCGGUCGAACAAGAUGAGGGAAGAACAGCGAGCGACCGGAUACGUUAAUGUAGAGUCUGGUGUUAUCGAGAAGCUGAGAGCUCUAGUCGGAUCGUAA